GGAAAUUUGGCAGCACUUCAAAAAAUACUCAAUUGGAAUUAUUGCAUUUUUGAGAAACAAUGGUGCGAGUGGGACUGCAGAUCUCAGCAACGCUUGAGAAUAUUGAUAAGGUGGAGAUAGAUGCCGACUAUUCCUUCUUCUUUAAGUUAACCUGCAGCAACUGCGGCGAAACUUCCGACAAAUGGCAUGAUGUUACUGAAUCGGAACGCGUGCAGCAAGAUUCCCGCAAUCCCGAUGGCUUCAACUUUUAUAUGAAGUGCAAGAUGUGCGGUCGUGAGAACAGCAUUGAUGUAGUCGAGAAGUCUAGUGUACCCUACACAGGGGACGAUGCCGGCAAGUUUAAGACCAUCGUUGUCUUCGAUUGCCGCGGCGUGGAACCUGUGGAGUUCUCACCACGCUCGGGCUGGAAAGUACACUCUGCUGAGAAUGGUCAGGUCUUUGAGGAUGUCGAUUUUUCGGAUGACGAUUGGGUGGAAUACGAUCAGAAGAACAAAGAGUCCAUCGGUGUUUAUGAAUUCAAUUCCAAGUUUAUCAAACUAAAAAAGUAACUUGCAUUUAAAGUCAUCUUGAAAUAAAGAAUUUGUUAAUAAUUAAAA